UUGAAUGGAUACCUUUUCGACCUUAAUAAAAUGAAGAAAAAAGAAGCAAAAACACGCUUUCCCUUUUCAAAGGAAAUGCUAUAAAAAGGUCUAUUUCAGCUGGAGUUUCCUUGCUUUCCUAUAUUAAUCAUUAUCUAGGAGCUUAAAUUAGUAAGCACAUGGAUUCUUGACCAAAGUGCUAUUUUAUUCAAUCAUCAGAGCAGAACUGCUGUAGUAUUAGAGAGGGAAGGGUAACACUAUAUCAGUACAGCAUUUGAGAUUCUUUGCUUAACUAAGCUUGCUUUUUCUUAGGCAUAACUUCCUUGCUUGUGAAUUGAGUUUCAGAUUUCUUGUACAGAAGCGAUUCCUUAAUAGCUUCUUUCAGGUGCAACAACGGAAAGUAAAAGGACCAUGAAGAUGGAGCUACAGAUCACACUCUCCCAUAAUCUAACACAAUAUACCAAAGUAUCAGCUACACUAGUGGAAGAGUUGGUUUUCAUUACCGGAGAAGCCAAACCAAAAACCUCGAAAAAUAUCCCAACCCCACUUACAUCCAGUUGCUACACUUCCAUUUCAGUGAAAUCUAUUGCAGUUAAUAACUGUAUAGUAAGAGAACAAAAAAAAAGAGAGGAAGUUCAUCACAGAUCCCCAAUAGAAACUCAUUGUAUGACCACAAAAACCAAUCCACUACUUCCUUUGUUCCAAAGAAAACUAAUCUGACACCCAAAAAAACAGCUGCAACUCCCAAAAACAUUCAACAACUAUGAUCCGCCUCAAGCAACGAGGAGGCACUGUCAGCCACGACAAUGACUACAAGCUGAAAGAUGCUAGCCCUCAGCUGGGAGAACGGUGGCCCAGUGGAGGAGGAGGCUAUGGUGGACGAGCAUGGAUGAAUAGUGGAGAGAAAAGUAGUACUUAUGAUCUUGUUGAGCAAACACACUAUCUUUAUGUUCGAGUGGUGAAAGCCAAAGAUCUUCCCCACAGUGGUGUCACUGGAAGCUGUGAUCCUUAUGUAGAAGUCAAGCUAGGGAACUAUAAAGGGCGGACCAAGCAUUUCGAGAACAAAAGGAAUCCGGAAUGGAACCAGGUUUUCGCUUUCUCAAAGGAACGUAUCCAAGCAUCUGCAUUGGAAAUCUUUUUAAAGGAGAGAGAGACGGUAGGGAGGGAUGAUUACAUAGGAAGGGUGGUGUUUGACCUAAGUGAGGUCCCAACCAGGGUCCCACCUGAUAGCCCGUUGGCACCUCAAUGGUACAGGUUGGAGGAUCGCCGAGGACAGGGGAAGGUAAUGGGGGAGAUCAUGCUGGCUGUUUGGAUGGGCACGCAAGCUGAUGAAGCCUUUCCAGAGGCAUGGCAUACAGAAACAGCCUUUGUUCAAGGAGAGGGGCUAUUUAGCAUUCGAUCUAAAGUUUACAUGACCCCGAAAUUGUGGUACCUAAGAGUGAAUGUGAUUGAAGCUCAGGAUGUGAUUCCAAAUGAUAGGAGUAGAGCUCCAGAAAUUCUUGUGAAAGUACAAGUUGGGAACCAAGUUUUGAGGAGUAAAAUAAGUCCACCCAACAAUAUGAAUCCGAUUUGGAAUGAGGAUUUGGUUUUUGUAGUUGCUGAACCCUUUGAAGAGCAGUUAGUCCUCACUGUUGAGGAUCGUGUUCACCCAGCAAAAGAUGAUGUGCUAGGCAAGAUAAUUCUACCAGUCAACAUCUUUGAGAAACGGCUUGACCACAGGCCAGUUCUUUCUCGCUGGUUCAACCUAGAGAAAUUUGGGUUUGGAGUCAUGGAAGCUGAUAGGAGGAUGGAGCAGAAAUUUUCCAGCAGAGUUCACCUUAGAGUCUGUCUUGAGGGUGGUUACCAUGUAUUGGAUGAAUCAACAAUGUAUGUCAGUGACACACGCCCAACAGCACGCCAACUUUGGAAGCCACCAGUAGGGAUUUUGGAAAUGGGUGUUUUAGGUGCUCAGGGUCUUCUUCCUAUGAAGACAAAGGACGGUAGAGGCACGACAGAUGCUUACUGUGUUGCAAAAUAUGGUCAGAAAUGGGUUCGGACUAGAACGAUUCUAGAUUCCUUUGUUCCUAAAUGGAAUGAGCAAUACACAUGGGAAGUUUAUGACCCAUGUACAGUAAUAACACUGGGAGUGUUUGACAAUUGCCAUUUGGGUGGAUCUGAGAAGCAGGGUACUGCGGCUAGUUCAGCUAGAGAUUCAAGAAUAGGAAAGGUAAGAAUUAGACUAUCAACGCUCGAGUCUCACCGUGUUUAUGCAAAUUCCUAUCCUCUCCUUGUUCUGCAUCCAGGUGGGGUAAAGAAGAUGGGAGAACUCCAGCUAGCAGUUAGAUUCACCAGCCUCUCCCUAGCCAACAUGAUUUACAUGUAUGGCCAUCCCUUGCUCCCUAAAAUGCAUUACCUCCACCCUUUCACAGUCAACCAAAUAGAUAGCCUUAGAUUCCAAGCUAUGAACAUAGUGGCAGCAAGACUAGGCAGAGCUGAACCACCAUUGAGAAAGGAGGUGGUGGAAUACAUGUUAGAUGUGGAUUCACACCUGUGGAGUAUGCGAAGAAGCAAAGCUAAUUUCUUCAGAAUCAUGUCAAUUCUGUCAGGCACAAUAUCAAUAAGCCGGUGGUUUGGUGAUGUUUGCCAUUGGAAAAAUCCUAUUACUUCAGUCUUAGUACACAUUCUGUUCUUGAUAUUGAUAUGGUACCCGGAAUUGAUACUACCAACAAUGUGCCUCUACAUGUUCUUUAUUGGUCUAUGGAACUAUAGGUUCCGCCCACGCAACCCACCCCAUAUGGAUAACAAACUUUCAUGGGCAGAAGCAGUACAUCCAGAUGAACUUGAUGAAGAAUUUGACACAUUUCCUACUUCAAGGCCACAUGAAAUUGUUAGGAUGAGGUAUGAUCGGCUUAGAAGUGUGGCUGGAAGAAUUCAAACAGUGGUGGGUGACUUGGCGACUCAAGGGGAGAGAUUCCAAUCCUUGCUGAGCUGGCGGGAUCCAAGAGCGACAAGCUUAUAUAUAAUGUUCUCCCUUUCUGCAGCAGUGCUACUGUAUGUGACUCCAUUCAGAGUGAUUGCUCUAGUAGCAGGGCUUUACAUGCUGAGGCAUCCCAAGUUCAGAAGCAAGCUGCCUUCUGUUCCUAACAAUUUUUUCAAGAGAUUGCCUUCUCGAGCUGACAGCUUGCUUUAAGCAAUAGAAGCUAGUCUAUUGGAUAUAUAAUGCGCCUUCAAUUUCAAUUUGUAUUUCAAUUUCGGUUAUUCCAAUUAGGAUCUUAUCAAAGAUCCAUAUGUUUCCAAGAUAUAAGUAUGAUUCACUUCUUUUAUUUAUAUGAAAGUGUAUUUUUUGUUUAACAAGAGAGACAGAACCUUUACCCUAUUUUUGAAAAUGAAAUGUAGGAUUAUCAA